UCAAGGCGCUUUGUUGUUCUUUCGGCAGAGAAAACGGGUAAAAAGUACAGACAAAACAAACGCUCUAGUGUAAGAUAACGCUUUAUUUGGUUCAAUAUAGUUAAAGUCCGACCAACGGUGAAGUCAGACUGAUGUCGCCGGGUGAAAAGUGGAGAAUUUGUGGGACCAAAUCAGCUCAGCGGUGAGCUAGCUUUAGCCUCUCCGGGAGGAGCGGAAGGAAUUCAAGGCACUGGGAAGAAGGGAAGAAAUCUCUGCUGGGAUGCCUAACGCAAGUUGGGGAAAAGCUGUUUUUUUCAGUUCCGCCUGGUAUCAUGGCACUAUACAGAUAAAUUAUGCAUUCUUUUGACUUAUAUCAAACUAAAGGAACACUUUAAUGGUUAUUUUCUAACUGUUAAGGUGCGAGUUUAGCGAGUUAGCCACGUAGCUACGUAGCCUUCAAUAGGAAGUCUUUUAAAAUGGCGGAAGGUUGGCCCAUUCCUUCGGCUGUUGUCUUCAUGCUGUUGAGUUUGAGUGCCUGGGCUGUUGGGUCUUGUCCUUCUCCAUGCUCGUGUUACAGAGGACAGGAUGAAGUCCAAAUUCUGGACUGCAAUAGGAAAAGGCUGUCGGUGUCUCCAGUGGACCUGCCAGAAGGGAUAACACAAGUCACUAUGAAUCACAACGAGCUGGCUGUUUUCCCCUUUCUUGGAGACAUUUCCCCAAAUGUCACCUCGCUGUCAUUAGUCCACAAUCGGAUCUCAGAGCUGUCGAUGCACCAGCUGCAGCCGUACGUUUCACUCGAGACUCUGGACCUGACGUCUAACUCCAUAUCUGAGAUCAAAGUCGGAUCCUUCCCCUCCAUGCAGCUGAAAUAUCUGAAUUUGAGUAAUAACAAGAUCAGCGUCCUUGAGCCUGGCUGCUUUGAAAACAUCUCCAACUCUCUGCUGGUGCUGAAGCUGAACAGGAACAGAUUAGCUGUGCUGCCAUCCAAAGUCUUCAGACUUCCACAGCUUCAGUUCCUUGAAAUGAAGCGCAACAAGAUCAAGAUCGUGGACAGCUUGACAUUUAAGGGAAUGGACUCUCUGAAGUCACUGAAGAUGCAGAGGAACGGCAUCACCAAGCUCAUGGAUGGAGCCUUCUUUGGGCUUAACAACAUCGAAGAAUUAGAACUGGAGCACAACAACUUAACCGAGGUCGCCAAAGGUUGGCUGUAUGGCCUGCGCAUGCUGCGUGUGCUGCGGGUCAGCCAGAAUGCUGUCGGCAUCAUCCGACCAGACGCCUGGGAGUUUUGCCAAAAGCUUGAAGAACUAGACUUGUCCUUCAAUCAUCUCACCAGACUUGAAGAGACAGCGUUUGUUGGACUAGGUCUUCUUGAGAAUCUGAACCUGGGAGAAAACUCCAUCAGCCAUUUGGGGGAGGGAGUCUUCAGUGGCUUGGCAGGUCUGCGCACCCUAGAUAUACGUAACAAUGAAAUCUCCUGGGCCAUUGAAGACUCCAUCGGUGUAUUUGAGGGGAUGAAGAAGCUGAACACCCUGAUUCUCCAGAGGAACAAAAUCAAAUCAAUCACUAAGAAAGCGUUUGAGGGCCUGGAUGAGCUGGAGCACCUAGAUCUCAGCAAGAACGGCAUCAUGUCGAUCCACCCUGAGGCCCUGUCCCACUUGAAACUUAAAGUGUUCGUGCUGAACACGAGCAGCCUGCUGUGCGACUGCCACAUGCAGUGGUUGGGGCCCUGGCUGACUGACAGCCCGUUCCUGCAAUCUGUCUCCGCUGUUUGUGCUCAUCCCGCCAGCCUCCUCGGUCGCAGCGUCCUGUCCAUCAGCCCGGAAGAGUUUGUUUGUGAUGAUUUCCCCAAACCUCACAUCACGACUCACCCAGAGACAUCCGUGGCUCUGCGAGGGAACAACGUGACCCUGAGCUGUAUCGCAUCAAGCAGCAGUGAUUCUCCGAUGAUGACAGCUUGGAGGAAAGACGGCGAGGUUCUGUAUGAUGCAGAAGUGCAAAACUAUGCCCGCUACCAGGAGGGAGAGCUGAUCUACACCACGGUGCUCCACCUUCUCAAUGUGAACUUCACUGACGAGGGGCGUUACCAGUGUGUGGUCUCCAAUCACUUUGGCUCCAACUACUCCAACAGAGCCAAGCUGACCGUCAAUGAGCUGCCAUCCUUUCUAAAGACUCCCAUGGACCUGACAAUCCGGACCGGGACAAUGGCCAGGCUGGAGUGUGCCGCUGAAGGCCAUCCAUCACCCCAGAUUGCUUGGCAGAAAGACGGAGGCACUGACUUCCCCGCUGCCCGGGAGCGCAGGAUGCACGUAAUGCCAGAUGACGACAUCUUCUUCAUUGCCAACGUGAAGACAGAAGACAUGGGAGUUUACAGCUGUACGGCUCAGAACGCAGCUGGCAGCUUGUCUGCAAAUGCUACUCUCACCGUCCUAGAAACUCCAUCCUUCAUGCGGCCGCUGGAGGACCGAACAGUGGCCCGCGGUGAGACCGCUGUGCUUCAGUGUAUCGCCGGAGGCAGCCCUGCUCCCCGUCUCAACUGGACUAAAGACGACGGCCCUCUGGUGCUCACAGAACGCCACUUCUUCGCCGCAGCUAACCAGCUCCUCAUCAUCGUCGACGCUGGUCCUGCUGAUGCUGGAAAGUACACCUGCAUCAUGUCCAACACUCUUGGGACAGAACGGGGCCACAUCUACCUGAGUGUGUCACCGUCGCCAAACUGUGACACCGGUACAGGAUACGACCAGGACGGCUGGACCACGGUGGGCAUCGUGGUGAUCGUGGUGGUGUGUUGUGUGGUUGGAACAUCAUUGGUCUGGGUCAUUGUCAUCUAUCACAUGAGGAGGAAGAGCGAGGACUACAGCAUCACUAACACAGAUGAGAUGAAUCUGCCCGCAGACAUCCCCAGCUACCUCUCCUCUCAGGGAACUCUGUCUGAGCCUCAGGAAGGCUACAGUAACUCUGAGGCCGGCAGCCACCAGCAGCUCAUGCCUCCUCUCUCCAACGGAUACGUGCACAAAGGAGCAGAUGGUCUGUCAGGUGUGUGUUAUGGAGACACAGGCAGUGAGGUGGAAACUGAGGGGAACGGCCCGCUUCACUACAGGGUCGGCUCUCUUUUCACCGGCCGCAGCAGCUUCCAUCCAGGAGAGAACCGAGAGGGAUUAUCAGGGCUUAAUGCAGGUGGUGCAGGUCCGCUGGUCAUCUGCUCUGACUGCUACGACAACGCCAACAUCUACUCUCGAACACGAGAGUACUGCCCCUAUAACUUCCUGGGAGAGGAUGAUCAACUGGACAAGACCCUGCCAGGCCUGAAGGAAAGCUUCAGCGGGCACGCUCAGCACGAGGACGCGACACUGGAGAGCCUUAUUAGCAACCAGGACUCCUCCGUCUUUCUCACCUCACAUGAAAAAAGGCUGAGCAGCCACACUCCCCCGGAGCACUACACUAAUGAUUCUCUCAGUAGAUCGUUCUGGGGAGAAGGUGAAGAUCUGUCCUCGAAGCCCCACCUAGGAGCAUCCCAGCACCCAGUGACUGUCCACAGGACACCUCCUCUGAACUCCACCACUGACGGAGCGGAGGAGCAGAGUGAAGCAGAGCUGGACUGUUUACCCAGCCAACACACAAACGAGCACAGAAGUGCCUCUAAUAGGACUAACCCUCAGGAGCAUCCAGCUCCCACAUAGGUCUUCAACACUUCACCCACGCUCUGCCUCAGACUCCUCUUAGCUGCAGCCCCCUUACAACCCCCACCCACUACCUCCAAAGAGACUUGUCACUCUCUGCCAAAGAUGCUCUCUUCUAUGUUUACAUUCCCUUCUCGCUCAAGAGGACAUAAAAACGGUCUCCACUGUGGAACGACUGCUGUGUCUGAUGGGAGAAAUGGACCUGUAAUGAAAGUGACCUCCUCCUUGACACCUCCACCUCUGCAAGACGCCUGUUUCUUCCGCUCCUCUUUGUUCUCUUCCAGGAGGAGGAGAUGAAUGUAUGCUUUAAAGAGCCGGGUCGGAUGCUGCCAUGAGAGAAGACAUGUCUGUCUUUACAAGCUUUCUGCUCGGUUCACACUGCUGCUUUUGGGAUGAAAUUAGUCUCUCUAGACCUGGUACGGACACCUGCUGGAGCAGCGUACAUCUCUGGGAGAAAAUACAACCCUAGCUUUGGAAAAAUGGCAGAUUAAAAUGGGUUGUUGUUCCCUGAAGUUAAGAGGGAAAACAUACGUCCAGCAUUCUUGCAGCAAUCCCGAAUGACUCUAAACUAUGCUAUCUGCUAUCCUAUUAUGCAAAUCCCAGAGACACUGACACCAAACUGUGGUGUAUAUUAUAAAUAUAUAUGAAUAUAUCCGAUAUCAUCUUUAUCUGAUCUUGUUUUGUCCUAUGUGAAGCGCAAUAGUUGAAACUUAAUUUUUGUCUUUGUUAUGAGCAGGGGUGGGAGAAAGCGUACAGUUUUUUUGCACAUUCGACAAUCUCUGUUUUCUGUGGGUUGUCCAUCUGAUGGCCUUUAUCUCAAGCAUCCUCAGUAACCUCUUUCAGAUGACGUUAUAUUUACCACAUGCACUGAUUUGUUUUCUUUGACCAUAUCUUACAGGCACUUAAUUUAAUGGUGGCAAACCUCUCUAUGCAGUCUGCAUGCUGUCUCAAAAAGCUCAGAUCCUUCCGUAGAUGAUGAUUAAGCCUUAUAGUUUCACUCGGGACUGUGAAAAAUGAGAAUGUAAUGUAUUAUUUUAUACAUGUAUGUGUACAUAAUGUUAGUUAUCUAUGAAAUUCCACGUCCUCUGAGUCUGCAUUCAGAGAGCAUUCAGACACAAGCCGCAGUAAUCUGACAUCUCUAUAUUUCUGACUUUUCUGCCUUUUCCAGAGAAACUUUUACCUGUUGAGUCAGGUAACUAUGAAUGCUUUUACUUGGGAAAUAAUGUUUUUAGAUACCCAGAUGAUACGAAAAGAGUUAGUCUGUCUCCAGAUGACAGCUUUCAAGUUGCUCUGAGGAUAUAGACAGAAAACUGGCCGUCAUUUUGAAAGUUCUGUCAUUGCUUCAUCAAAUCUAAUUAACUAGUUGUCCUUGAAAAUUCUCCAGAGUUGACCUGUUGGGCUUCCUUUUGGAAAUUUUGUGAUUUCAGAAUCUUGCAUUGCUUGAUUCAUCCAUCAAAACACACUCAGUUGCCAUUUUAUUUGUACACCUGCCUGCUGCAAAUGCAGUCUAAUACAACAGCCCUUUGAAAAAUCAUACAUUCAAGAUGUUUAUCAAAGACAAAGAAGUGAAAGUGCUGCAAAGUUUUUGUAGUAAUCAUAUAUGCAGUAGAUUCUAUUUUGAUACUUAAGGUUAACUGUUGAUGAGAACAAUUGAUCCUCAAUUUAUCCUCAUCCUUAUGUCAUGUAAAUUAAAGGCAUUUUAAUUCUGUACAUAGCUCAGAGUGGUAAGGUUGUUUUCAAAGGGCAGUCAAGAGUUUUUACGUUUUGUUUGAAGUAAUUUUAACGUGUGCACCCACCAUCACAAAACAGAAGUUUAUUUGUUAAAUUGUGUUUAAUAGUUUUAGAGAGGUUUUUUUUAGAUUAUAUUAAUUUUGGAGGCUGUGAAAUGACUUUUAUUGAAGUGUAAUUUCAUGUCAACAUAAAUUAAUGUGGGAUUUAUUGCAGUUCUUUUGCAUCAUCCUGCAUUGGUGUGACUAAGAGCUCCAUCUUAAAUGGCAACUGGGUGUUUUUCAUACAUUUUUAAAGAACAAAAUUAAUGAAAUAUUCAAACUUGUUUUUCUUGCUCUGUUAUGCAGACAGAAUUUUAAAUGUAGCUGUGAUACUGAUAAAAAUCAAACAAUAUUGAUAUUUUUUUUAAUUCCACAGCAACAAAAUAGAAAUAUUGCAUUCAUAAUAUUAGGAACUUUAUCAUUUUCAUUAUGAAAUAUGGCAAGCACUGUGCUGCACACGAUUGCCAACACAUUACUAUGUGCAGGACUUUGACUUCACUGUCUGAUGGAUUCAUUCCUCUCCUGAGCAGCUUUUUAUGAAAUAGAUGAUUUUGUUGUUAAAGCUUCUGUACUUUCCUGUUCUAUCUUUAAAAUAAGAUAAACCGUAUCAUUUUAAAGUAAGUGGCAUGGAAAGUGUAAAGGUUUGAACCUUCUAGGAAAUGUUGAAAUGUUCUCUGGGUUUGUCAAUCAUGUUUUUUCUUUUAAUCGACACAUUCCAAACCUGUUUCACCAAAUGUUUUAUUACCAGGAAAUUUAUGACCAACAGCUUUAGUUUUUAAGCCAAGAACUAUUCAAACAUAACCGUCCUAUGGAUUUGAAACACUCCCUGAUACAUGUUUUUGUUCCCUGACUGGUUGCUGCGAUCAAAUUCCUCCUAGUGAAUGCCUAUUAGUCGGAAAGAGCUACAUGUUUGGGCCAAGGUUGUCAUUGUACUUUGAUACAGCACUAGUAGAAAUCAAACUUUAACAGUAACCACGAUACCUGUUAGAAGUACUAGGCUCCUGAUAUUUGGUCUUUUCUUGUUUUUUAGCAUCAGCAAAUCCAGGGAAAACUCUUAGAAGCUGUCUAAAUAUGUUGCUAAGCCAUGCAAUGUGCAAUUUAGCCUGCAUGUAGAAGUUUGCUCAUUGUUGCUGAUGGAUUGAGUCCUCUCAGAAGUUUCUGGCUUAUGAAAUAGAUGUAGUUUUUAAAGCUGUAGUGCUUUCUGAUACUAGAUCAGUAAAAUAUUGGAGAUUGUUUCAUUCAAAAACAUUUGACGACUAUUACGCAGAAAAACUGCACUACUACAGGGUGCUCUUUCAUUCUGAUCAUUUCUGUCUCUAGUUAGCGGUACGCUGAGUGUUUGAUGGUACUGAGUUGAGACACUAAAAAUCAGUCAUGCUGAAUAAUGAAUCCACUGUUUGCUGGACGCCUUAUAUAUAUAUAUAUAUCGAUCACCUUUAACAUGUGAAAUCUUAUCGACACACCUCUACCUGCUCUGUGGUACGUGCGGACAUGAAUCCUUGCCAUAUUACAGAGCGUCUUCCUUUGGUUUUGACUCAUCAAUCAUCCUUUCCUUUUAAUUCCCAGAUCAGCGCAUUCCCAACCUGUUCUCUGAAUUAUACCCCCACAUUUUCCAACAGGUGUUUUUCAAGCUCAGACCACAUCAAAUAUAACAUUUCUGAGUUCCUCUGUAGUGGAAACGCUCCUUACUAAAGAAUUAACUUGUUUCCGAUGUUUUCUGGCUCUUGUCUGAGGUCGAAUUCCCCCUUUAUGAGUGAUGAAAUUAAAAUACUGCAGUCAUAAGUCAUUCUCAAAGAGCUACAUGUCAGCACACAUCCAAUUCUUGUUAACAUUUUCAGCCAUCACAGCAGAUUAAAAUGUGCAUUGAUAUUGUUUUAUUCUCUGAACGUCCUCUGUGACUUUAUACCAAAGUUUAGCAGUAACUGCUCUGGCAAUAUUCCAAUGCUGCUUUUUUGUAUUGUUGUAUCUUUGCAUUUAGUAUUUUAUGGACCUUGUUUGCCUGUACAUUCUGUAAAGCAUGUCUAAAGAGCCUUUUUUUUUGUUACGUAGCAAUUAUUCAAAAUAUUAAACAUGAA